CGUUAUGCGUAACAGGAAGUGCACUCUAAGGUAAAGCACGAAGAAGCGAAACUGCAUGGUGAAAGAAAACAACCACCAAAUACUGAAAAUAAUAACAACUUCAAAGGUCUUAAACUCCAGCCCCGAAAAGCGGCUAUAUCUUAAACAGCUGAGGCCAGCCGACCAGUCAGCCGGUGUGAAGCCGCAGCAUGUCAGUGCACUUCGAGGAGAGAAGCGGGGUCGUCCCCUGUAAGACGUCUUGGGGCUCCUGGUACCAGACCAUGGAGGAGGUUUUCAUUGAAGUCAACGUACCUCACGGGACCUCUGGUAAAGAGAUCAAGUGCCGUUUAGGAUCUAGAGACAUAGAGCUACAUGUUAAAGGAACAGAAGUAUUCAAGGGUAAGUUGUUUGGCACAACCAUGUCUGAUGAGGCUACAUGGACACUAGAGGACAAGUGUCUCAUCAGGAUUAUUCUGAUGAAGACUAACAGAGAGGCAGGGAACUGCUGGUCCUCUCUGCUGGAGGGCGAGUACUGUGCGAAUGCCUGGGUCCAGGACCAGAUGCAGAGAAAGCUCACCCUGGAGAGGUUCCAGCGGGAGAAUCCAGGAUUUGACUUCAGCGGUGCAGAGAUCUCUGGGAAUUUCGCAGGUGGUGGUCCAGACUUCUCCAGCUUACAGAAGUGACGGAUACUGUGUGACAUGCUGCAGAUGCCACCUCUGCAUAAGGACAGCUACAUUCAUGACAUGUAGAGGAAACGUGAAUUCAUCAGACUUACCGAAAUCACAAGUUGAAAUGAUUUGCCUUCAGAGGAACUGAAUACUGGGCAAAACACAUGAUUGUACUGCCUGGCACAGAGAAACUUCCACAGGAGCCUUUUCAUCUUUUUUUUUACCAGCUGCGACAGUUUGAUUUUUUGCACUGCUCAUUAAACUUGAAUACCAGUUGAUGGGAACUCUUCAGGUCUGAA